GAAGAAGAGGAGGAGGCGGAAGCAGCCGCUGAGGAGCUUCAACAUAUUCACAUGGCGCGUGAACAUAAACACGAUUAAUGAGGAUUAAAUUAAUUUAAACCGUUAAAUAUGUUUUAAACACCGCGCCCGGUUUUACUCGCGCUAGUUUAUCAUCGCCUCGUGUGUGUUGUUGGUGAUGUUCGCGCGCGCGCCUGCUCGGUUUGUCCUUGCCGGUGUGUGGAGUUCAGGCCGGAGUCAGAGCUUCAGCUGCACACCAUGCAGGAACACAGUGAUUGUGGAGCGCUGGUGGCAGGUCCCCCUGUCGAAGGAAGGCAGUCCCCCAAGACUCUACCCUCGCCGUCACAGGGUUUAUCGCUUAGUGGAGGACACGAAGCACAACAUGAAGGAUAAAAUGGAGCUGCUGCUCACGCAGACCGUCCCCAAGCUGGGCGGCCGAGGGGACACGGUGUUUGUGAAAAAGUCUGUGGGACGGAACAAGCUGCUGGCUGAAGGUCUGGCUGUUUAUCCUUCACCUGAGAACAAGCAGCUGUUCGCUGAGGAGAGACGCUUACUGCGAGAGGGGAAGAAAGAGGACAGAAUCCAGACGAGGACGGGACAGCUCACGGUUGAAUUCCUGAAAAAGUCCCCUCUGGAGGUUGGGAUCCGACCCGCCGCUCAGCAGCAGUUCCUCCUCACCAAGGAAAUCGUUUGCAGACAUUUUUUGCGAAAACUGGGCGUGGUCGUCCCUCCCCACGCUCUGACGUUACCUGAUGAGCCGAUCACACAGUUUGGAGAUUUCUGGUGUGACGUCACGGUGAACGGCUUGGACACAGUGCGAGUGCCGCUGUCUGUCGGGCCCUAUGUGGAUCCGAGAACGAAGAAACUAAUGAAACUAGAAGCUGCAGCAGCGACGGAAAACAAGCCAGAAACAAACUCGGAGUAAAGAUCCGAGUCUCAGUCUGACCUUCAACCUUCUGUCAAAAUAAUUCUAUUAAAUCUACAUUUUUUUUUGUCA